CUUGGCUGCUGGAAUCCAGUCACUGGUCUGAAUGGGUCACUAACAGACAGAAAGUUGGAGAAUAACAUGCGAGGAGUGGUUCUGCGUGUGGUGACUGUGCUGGAAGAGCCCUUCGUCAUGGUGUCUGAAAAUGUUUUGGGAAAACCGAAGAAGUAUCAGGGUUUCUCCAUAGAUGUGUUGGAAGCCUUGGCUACUUACCUUGGCUUUAAAUAUGAAAUUUAUGUUGCACCAGACCACAAGUAUGGGAGUCCUCAGGAUGAUGGGUCAUGGAACGGACUGAUAGGAGAACUGGUAUUUAAGAGAGCUGAUAUAGGGAUCUCUGCCCUAACCAUCACCCCUGACAGGGAGAAUGUGGUGGAUUUCACGACACGUUACAUGGACUACUCGGUGGGUGUGCUGCUUCGAAAGGCAGAGAAGACAGUGGACAUGUUUGCCUGCUUGGCACCGUUUGACCUGUCCCUGUGGGCAUGCAUUGCUGGCACUGUGCUGUUAGUGGGGCUACUGGUCUACCUCUUGAACUGGCUGAACCCCCCACGCCUUCAGAUGGGAUCCAUGACAUCCACAACUCUCUACAACUCCAUGUGGUUCGUGUAUGGAUCCUUUGUGCAGCAAGGAGGAGAGGUUCCAUACACGACUCUGGCAACCCGACUGAUGAUGGGAGCCUGGUGGCUUUUUGCCUUGAUUGUCAUCUCCUCCUACACAGCAAACCUGGCAGCUUUCCUCACCGUCACACGCAUCGAGAGCUCCAUCCAGUCUCUCCAGGAUCUCUCGAGGCAGACGGACAUUCCUUAUGGCACUGUCUUGGACUCUGCAGUCUAUGAGCACGUCCGAGUGAAAGGGAUGAAUCCCUUUGAGAGGGACAGCAUGUACUCCCAAAUGUGGCGGAUGAUUAACAGAAGUAAUGGCUCAGAGAACAACGUCCUGGAGUCGACUGCAGGCAUUCAAAAGGUGAAAUAUGGAAACUAUGCGUUUGUGUGGGACGCAGCGGUGCUGGAGUACGUGGCCAUCAACGAUGCAGAGUGCUCGUUUUACACAGUUGGGAACACUGUGGCAGACAGAGGGUAUGGGAUCGCACUGCAGCAUGGCAGCCCUUACCGAGAUGUUUUCUCACAAAGGUAA